AUUCGCGGACACGGUGGGGCGGGUUAUCGAAGGUUCGAUUUCACCACCCUUUUCAUGCCUUUUUUCUUCCCCGGUCCCCCUUCUUAAACCGAGUUGCUCAAGCCAAGAUUACCUUCCCAUCUACCGAUCUACCCUACGAACGAGUGAAUAAAAGCCAGAGCAAGGGAGGUAUGGACGACACCAUAUACUCGACAAGUACACAACAUAGGCUGUUCACCUUCACGCCAAAGCAGCUCUCGGACCUACGCUAUGCCACCAACAAAGCCGCGAUCGAGAAGAUCACAGAGUCGAUAAAGCGACGGGCGGUCGCAGCGGGGAUUGUCGAGUCGGAGAUCGAAGAGAUCGAUUGUCCGACGGCGGAAGAGGAGUUAAAGCUAGUUGCAUAUUAUUGCGUGAAAUGUAUGCAGUUGUCGGAUCAUUUUCAGUUUCCCAGCAACGUCAAGGCGACCGCGCUAACAUUCCUCCAUCGCCUCUACCUAACAACAUCCACCCUCACCUUGCACCCAAAGAAGCUUCUCCUACCAAUCUUAUACCUAGCAACGAAGACCGAGAAUCACUACACGCCCAUAAAAAACUUCAUCGCGACGGCCGCCACGGCCGGCCCCAAAGUGACGAAGGAAGACCUCCUGGACCCCGAAUUCACAAUAGCAAUGGGCCUACGCUGGGCCUUCCAAGUCUGGCACCCCUUCCGCGGCCUGGAGGGCAUAUUCCUGGAACUCAACGCGAUAGCAUCGGGCCGCUACCAACCGCCCAAACCCAAGGAACACCUCGUCCUGCCCGCCACGGAGGCCAAAGUUGCACUGCUGGAGCUCCUGGCGGGGGACACGGACCGGAUCGGGCGAGCGCACGGGGAGGCGAGAAGGCUGCUGACAACAACUGCCCUCCUGACGGACGUGUACUUCCUCUACACCCCCCCGCAGAUCAGCUUCGGCGCCUUCCUAGAAGCAGACAGGGAGCUCGCUACCUUCUACCUUGACAUUAAAUUUCCCGAAACCGAUGUGCCCGGGAGAAAGACCAAGAUGAAGCUCUUGGACGUGCUGGACGAGAUCGCCAAGAACCACCUCUCUGCUGGCCUAUCUGAGGACUUGAAAAAUCCUUAUCAGGGCUUACUCCUCCAGUUGCCUCAGAAUGGAAUCACCACUUCACUCUCUAUGUCCGUGGACCCUACGCUCGUCAAGGAAGUUACGAGGAUCGACAAGAAGCUCUACCGUGUCACUAAGAGAGACCAGGACAGCGCUGGAAAGAAGAAGGCGGAGGAGUGGAAUGGGAGUGGUAGCCAGAGUGGUACUGGGAGUGGCAAUGGUAUUGGGAGGUACGAUGAGGACGAGGAACGCCGUGCCAAGAAGCGCAGGCUAGAGAGGGAGAAGGCGGAGCGUGAAGGGGAUGUCUUCGGCGCCCGCCUGCCGGAUGUCAAGACUGCGGGUGCGGGGUCUUUUUAG